GAAAUCGAGAUGAGCAGCAAUUCAGGAGUAGUUGAAAUAGAGGCCAUUCAGUCCAUAGGAAGUAGUAAUGUGCUCCUUCCUCCAAUGGAAGCAGACGUACCGGCUCAAAUCAAAGAUGCUGAAUGGUUAAUCUCAGUUCUAGAAGACGGCAAACGCGACUACAGAUUCAUUCUAUCUGAUAAGAAAUAUAUGCAGAAGGUUAUACCAGAACUAAGGAAUAACAAGGAGAAUGAGGGAUUUUAUGAUCCGAAAGUUGUUUCAAUUGGUCCCUAUCACCAUGGCAAGCCUGAGCUUCAAGAAGCGGAGAAGUUGAAGGCUGCAGUGGCAUUCCAGUUCAUCAACCACAGCGGCAAGGAUCCCCAAGAGUUCUAUAAAAAAAUCGUGGAUUUGGUUGUGACAAUUAGGGACUACUACCUUCCGGGCUCCACAGACGCCUACGAUGAUGUGACAUUUGCGCAUAUGAUGUUCCUUGAUGGGUGUUUCCUAUUGAGUUUUAUCCAUAACAAUAUAUGGGUUGUGUUGGCUAACACCCUGGGCUCAGGAGGAAUGUUUAUGUUACUCGGGGACUUGAUCUUGUUGGAGAACCAACUUCCAUUCCUAGUUAUCCAGGCCUUAAUGAGCAUACGUUGCCCAAAAGAAGAUGGAGAAAAGAUUAUCCACAAUUUCCUCCAUUCCACUUAUGCCUGUCGAACGGCGAAUAAGAAACAGGAACGUCAAGAUGAGCAGAGGCAACCUCUUCACCUCCUAGAACUUGUGCGAGAAAAAUAUCUCAGCCACAGCCACCACAAGGCAAAUGGUGGAAGAAACAAGGGUAAAGACUCAAGUAGUACUACUUAUAAGUCUUCACAUCACUCAUUUGGUUCAGCAAUCGAACUAAAAGCAAAAGGAAUACAUUUCAAGUCUAGCUGUAAAACAAGUUUAUGUUUAACAGACAUCAGCUUCAAUUCUUCCUAUGGUUAUGGACAGCUGACGCUUCCUUCUUUUAUAUCUAGCGAUCAAAACAAGGUGCUCUUCUUGAACAUGAUGGCCUAUGAAUUGGCUCCUAACACAUCAACUUGCUGGGAGGUUUGCAGUUAUAUUUAUUUCAUGAAUUCACUGAUCAGUGGAGCCGACGACGUAAUUGAGCUGCGAUCACAUAACAUAAUUUAUAACUUCCUAGAUUCUAAUGAGGGAGUUGCAAAAUUCUUCAACUCCAUGGCUUCUGCUGCCUUGUGUACGGACGCAGGUAUCCUUGAAGAUGUUUGUGGUCAAAUUGAAGAGCACUGCACUAGCAAGACGAAAACAUGGGUGGCUCAAUUCUUGCAUGACCAUUUUAGCACUCCCUGGGCUACUUUGGCAUUUUUGGCCGCAAUUCUUGUUAUUUCUCUAACUUUCACCCAAACAUACUUUCAAGUUUUUCCACGUCCUACGAAUCAAAAGUAACCAAGGUUUCAGGUGCCACCGCCAGGGAUCAAUUCUAUACACCCAACAUGCCAUGCUUCAUAGUCAUCUACGUUAUGAGCCGAGGAACACACAAACGGAUCACAAUGCAUCUCCUUAAAUAACGUGUAUGCAUGUAAUAAAAGGAUUUUGAGUGCAGUUUUCUUUGAUUUUAAGGACAUCCCAGUGAAUCGUGUGUAUUUUUUACAAGCAAUUAUGCUAUUGUAUGGUGUUGUCUUUGGUUUCUAGAUUCCGGUUUGUAUGCUUUUUUUACAA